AUGAGACUGCGUAAUGCCGCUGAGCGUUUGGUCACAGUAACAAACGAGACGACCAGUGAGCAACAGGCAAAGCACAUCAUGGAGAAGCUCGAGCAAGCUGCACGUCAAACGGCCUACGAGGCAACGCAGACGAUCGCUGCUGUCAAUGCAGCAAAGGUAAAUCCUUGA